GUAUUUUUAAUUUUUAAUUAUUUUUAACUUAUGUUAAUUUUGAUGAUUCUAUAAUGGUUCUUUGUACUUAGUGUUGGAUUAAUUUUUUUUAAUUGAUAAUUGCUUCUUAUAUUCUUUAAUCACCCGCUUAAUUUUGUUUGCCACACUGUAUUUUACUUUUUUUUUGUCCCUUCCCUGUAUAUGUUUUUAUAGCUUGUUCUAUAGGGUGGCUUAUGUUGAUUGAUUGAUUGAUUUCGAUUUCUGUUGUAGGUGUCGUAUGACUUUUGAUUAAUGAAUUAAUAUCGGAUUUUGAUAAAAUUAGUCAGCUUUAUGUUGCAAUUUCAUGGACACUGAUUACUUUUUGUUUCCCAUUUUCUGCCUGUUUAUUGAAUUUCAUGAAUCUUAAUACUUAGUGCUCCUUAUUAAUUAAUCCAUCACUUAUAUGAUUUGUCUAUACCCUUUUGUUUUUCCAAUUGGAAUUUAAUUGUAUCAUGUAUUAAUUUAUAUAUGCAUUUUGAUGUAUACCCCGUUGAUGUAAUUGGUUGCUUAAGGCUAUAAUUUGCAAGAAAUGAGUUCUGGGUUUGAGGCAGUGCCCAUCAGUUCACAAAAACAUGACCCAGCUUGGAAGCAUUGUCAAAUGUAUAAGGAUGGGGAUAGGGUUCAUUUGAAAUGUAUAUACUGUUUUAAAGUAUUUAAGGGUGGUGGAAUUCAUAGGAUUAAAGAACACUUAGCUUGUCAUAAGGGUAAUGCAUCCACUUGCCAUCGGGUUCCAUCCGAUGUUAGGGAAGCGAUGCAUCAAAGCCUAUCAGGUGCGGUGGCUAAGAAAAACAAGCAGAAAAAGAUUUCUGAUGUUUUUACUAAGGCUAGUGUUGGUAUGCCUUCUAAUAAUGAUGAUGUUGAUGGUUUUGCUAAUGACUGCGGUGCUGGUGGUGAGAUUCAGUUGAUUGCAAAUCCUAUUGCCCUUGAGUCUAGCUCAUCGAUGUUGGCUGAGGAAGGGAUGAGUGUUAGAGGGCCUGGGAAGAGAAAACGGGGGAGGCCCCCAAAGAGUGCUUUGAUUUCCGUGGUUAGUAAUGGUACUCCGGUUCCUGUUAGUGAUAAUCAUGCUGUGAAUGAGAUGCAGGGGUCAUUGAAGAAGCUUAACUCUCAAGUUCACUUGGCUGUAGGGCGUUUCUUAUAUGAUAUAGGGGUUCCUCUGGAUGCUGUAAAUUCAGUCUAUUUUCAGCCUAUGCUUGAUGCUAUUGCUUCGGAGGGCACAGGAGUUGUGGGACCCUCACAUCAAGAACUUCGAGGUUGGAUUCUGAAGAGUGCAGUUAAUGACGUGAAGGCAGAUAUGGACUAUUGUGCGAGAGCAUGGGGGCGCACUGGUUGUUCUGUUUUGGUGGAGGAAUGCAUUAUAGGGAAGGAAAAGGAAAUGACAGUCGUCAACUUUCUGGUGUACUGUCCAGAAGGCACAAUGUUCUUAAAAUCAGCAGAUGUGACCAACCUAAUGGAUUCAGCUGAAGCAAUGUAUGAUUUGAUCAGAGAAGUGGUAGAAGAAGUUGAACCAAAAAAUGUAAUGCAAGUGAUUACGCCCAAUGAUGAAUGCUAUGCUGCUAUCGGGAAAAGGCUUUCUGAAACUUAUCCUACUAUAUAUUGGGCUCCCUGUGCAGUAAAUUCGAUAAUAUUAAUGCUCGAGGACUUUGGGAAAUUUGAAUGGAUAAAUACUGUACUAGAGCAAUGUAAGUCAAUUAUGAGGUUUAUCUAUAAUCACAGUGUUGUCUUGAAUAUGAUGAGGAGGUAUACUUUCGGCGUGGAUUUAGUGGUGCCUGAUCUUAGUCCUUCUGUCACCAAUUUUAGAACAGUGAAGCAAAUGGUCGACCUGAAACACAAUUUGCAAGCUUUAGUAACAUCACAGGAGUGGGUAGAUUCAUUUUAUUCUAAAAAGGAGGGUGCAUUGGCUAUAUUGGAUCUCAUAAGUGAUCACUCUUUCUGGUCAUCCUGCGACCUUGUUGUCCUCCUAACUGAUCCAAUUUUGCAAGUGUUGAGCAUUGUUAGAAGUGAAAAGAAACCUGCUAUGGGAUAUGUGUAUGCAGGACUAUACCGAGCCAAAGAAGCCUUGAAAAGAGAGUUUAGAAAGAGGGAUGAGUAUUUGACUUAUUGGAAUGUCAUCGAUCUGAGAUGGGAUCGGCAUCAGCAAUUACCACUUUAUGCUGCAGGCUUCUACCUCAAUCCAAAGUUCUUUUACAGCAUUGACGGAGAUUUGCCUGGUACAAUUGUCUCUGGAAUGUUUGAUUGCAUUGAGAGAUUAGUUCCUGACACCAAAACUCAAGAUAAAAUCAUCAAAGAGCUCAACUCUUACAAAAUGGCUGCUGGGGAUUUUGGGCGGAAGAUGGCAAUCAGAGCUAGAGAAAGCCUGCUACCCUCUGAAUGGUGGUCUACAUAUGGAGUUGCCUGCCCAAAUUUAUCACGUUUAGCUGUUCGUAUUCUAAGUCAAUGCUGCAGUUUAACACAUUGUAAGAAGGAUCUUAUUCCACUUGAGCAAAUGCGCAGCACUGUUAACCGUCUAGAACAUCAACGACUCACCGAUCAGGUCUUUACUCAGUAUAACCUACGGCUGAGACAAAUGGCUCAAAAGAGCAAGGAACAAGACAAUACAGACCCGCUAUCAGUGGACAAUCAUGCUAGCGUUGCUGACUGGAUAGCCCGAAAAGAUUUGUGCUUUGAUGACCAUAGAAGUUCUGACUGGAUGUCAAUUGAGCCGCCCUCUCCUAGCAAAAUGCGUUUGAAAUCUUCAGCUGACGAAGUUGAAGAAUUGAGCGGUGGUUUUGAUGAUUAUGAGAUUUUUGGUGGAGCUAAGGAUGAGGAAGAUGCUCUAGCAGAUAAUAUAGAAGGCCAGUAAGCAGCAAGUCAGAUUCAUACUCGUAAUGAGCUUCAGUUGGACAUCAUUUCUCCUGAUUUCAGUCUCUUUCUGAUCGUGAGUUAUGUUUGUAUUUUUUUUCCCCUGUGAUCGAGAAAAUGUGUGCACAAGAGAAGAUUUUCAGCUAGAACUGGCAUUGAUUUAGAGAAUGAAGCGGUAGUGUAUGCUAUUAAAGUGACUGAGCAUAGAGGUUUAUCAAGAGGGACAAUUUUGGCGGUCAGAGAAUACUCCCCUCUGUUAGAGAAACAUUGAAUUAUCGCCUUUUCACCAACGGAAGCACUUGAAUGUUUUAAUCAUUGUGUUGAUUAAGCAAGUUUCCGGCUCACAAGGCUGCUUGUAACUUUUUAUUUAGGCUUUUAGAUGAGUAAGGCAGAAUCCUAGACUGUACAGACGAGAUACAAGUUCUAGAAAUGUGAAUAUGUAGAUCAGUGACAAAAUGUACUGUAUCUUUAGCUGCUACUACUGAAUAGAAUGCAGAAUUGUCAAAUUUGAUGAUAUUCUUCCAUAUGAGAGUAUAUUGGAACAAAAUCUUCUAUCCUUCUA